AUGUUCUCAAAGACUAUGAGAGACGGCGCCAGGGAACGUUGCCUGCAUUUCAAUCAUUCUACCACCAAGUUAGGAUAUGCUUUAGGCGAUCUCACUGAGAAACAGCGCAAAUCCCAAAGCCGUUCGCCCAGUGUGGACCUCUCCGAGAAAUCAUCUCCGCUGGUGGCACCGUCCACCGUAAGCAUCACUCCGAUCUCGUCGUCCAAUCCGUCUGCAGGUGGUUCAAGCACCUUUAGCGUAAGUACCACCAAGGAUAAACGAGACGCUGCGCCUGCAGUUCCCAGUUCGGUUACGAUCACUGCCAUUACUACUACGCAAGCGAAGUCAACGUCUUCAUCUUCCGAAGAGAAGUCUAAGGAGAAGAAGAGCAGCAAGAGUAGCAAGGAGGAUAAGAAUAAGCUAGAAAAGAAGCGCAAGCGGAAACGCGAGGAGAGCCCUAUGGGCCCCCCAGAGAAAGUCCCUCACAAGGACCCGUUAAGCAAACCAUCAACGAUCAGCGUAAAGGCCGCAUCAGAAUCACCUCCUAUAGGAGGCAGCUCUGGCAGCGGAGGCGGUGCAGAAGCGCCAUCUAGUGGCACGCCCGACAGUCUGCCGUCGCCGAGCAGUGGCGGGAACAGCGCUGAUGCCAAAUCGAGUGCGAAUCAAGCCAGGAAUCGCAAGGGAUCUUUGUCGGCGAUCGUUGAUAAUGGAGGGGGAACCAGUGGAGGAGGAGCGACAACUAAGACUGCAAGUGGAGGGGGAGAUUCGAAAAGUGGCGGGAAAACGGGAGAUGUCAAGAACUCUGAGUAUAUGGUCAAGCCUAGCUCGGAUGGGAUGAAGAUUACGAUUAAUAAGACCAGGACUAAGGAGAGUUCGUCGUCGUCUUCUGGGGCUAAGUCGUCCGGGUCCAGUGGUGUUAACAAGGGUGAGCUUUUUACAUUCGUUUGCGGAUCAUUUGAAAAAAAAUCACUUGGUCUUGCUGACUACACUUGUUAA